UUGUCCAACAAAUUAUUUUGAUAAAAAAUCCAUGUCCCCAUAUUGAUCGAGGGAAAAAAUAAUUGAUGUCAUUAAUAACUAAAAAAAUGCAAAUGGGAUGCAAAUUCUUGCUAAUGAAUGGUAUAUCCAGCACACCUUGUGUGGAAGGUGACUACCUAACCAACUCAAUCAAGUUCAUUCUUUACACUCCAUAGCAGUACUACUAAAUUUUUAGAAAUUUUAUAAUAUUGUUACUUGUCUACCUCAACUACCUAUCAGAUCCGCUCCUGCAUGUCCCACCUCAUCUUCAUAUAAGAAAAGGGGAGCUCAUUAUACAUUCAUGAUCAAAAUCUUUUUAAGAACAUAGGUAAAAUAUGGAUACUCAUGAAACAUAUGAAAAACCAAGAAAAGGAGCUCAUGUUUUAGUAUUUCCAUACCCUUUACAAGGCCACAUUAACCCAAUGCUUCAAUUCUCUAAACGUUUAGCUUCCAAAGGCCUUAAAAUCACCAUUAUCACUACAACCACCAUUCCAAAUCAUAUUUCUUCUUCUCAAUCACAAUCCAAUCCUUCUUCCCUAGAUUUUUUAAGAAUUUUCGAUGGUUACGAGGGUGAACCCGACAAACGUAACUUUGAUGAAUACAUUAAUCUAUUAAAGGUUUCAACUUCACGUAGUUUACAUGAACUACUUGAAUAUUACAACCAAAAUAAAAUGGAUAUUUACCCGGGUCCAAAUAUGGUUAUAUACGACUCUUUUAUGCCUUGGGUGUUACAAGUUGUUAAAAAUUGUGGGUUUCAAGGGGCCCCAUUUUUUACCCAAUCAUGUUUGGUUAAUUCUAUUUAUUAUUAUGCUUAUAAAGGUGAUUUGAUUAGUCCAUUUUGUGGGUCGGAUCUUGUGUCCUUGCCUUCGGUUGGAUCUUUGUUACGGGUCCAUGAUUUGCCUACUUUUGUUUCUUAUCCUACCUUAUAUCCAGAGAAAUUGGUGAAGCUUUUGUUGGAUCAAUUUUCUAAUUUGGAGGAUGUCUCCUUUGUGUUUAUCAAUACUGUGGAUGUGUUGGAGAGUAAGGUCUUAGAGUGUAUGGCAAGACUAUGGCCGGUGAAAACAAUAGGACCAUGUAUCCCUUCAAUGUACUUGGACAAAUGCUUACAAGAUGAUAAAGAUUAUGGACUAAGUCUUUUGGAGCCUCAGAUAGAUGUAUGUAUUAAAUGGCUAAAUACAAGAGAAACUUGCUCUGUGGUGUAUGUAUCAAUGGGUAGUUUGGCUUCGCUAGGAAGUGAACAAAUGAAACAAAUAGCUAAUGCUUUGGUGAAAAGCAAAAAAUAUUUUUUAUGGGUUGUUAGGCCUUCAGAAGAGAAUAAGCUUCCGCUGAAUUUCAAGGAGAACACAUCGAAAAGAGGUCUAAUCGUUAAUUGGUGCCCUCAGCUUGAGGUAUUAAGUCAUAUUGCCUUAGCCUGUUUCGUGACUCAUUGUGGAUGGAAUUCGAUAUUAGAAGCUAUUAGUUUGGGAGUACCGAUUGUUGGAUUUCCACAAUGGACGGAUCAACCAACCAACGCAAAAUGUAUUGUUGAAUUUUGGAAGAUUGGAGUCAAGGUGAGGGUUGAUGAGAAGGGAUUUUUAAGUAGUAAUGAACUAGAGUUUUGCAUUAGAGAGGUGAUGGAAGGGGAACAUGCAAAAGAGUUCAAAAGUAAUGCAAAUAAGUGGAAGCUACUCACUACACAUGCAAUGGAACAAUGUGGUACCUCUAAUAGGAACAUUGAAGAAUUUGCUUCCACUUUGUUAUCCCCCUCACUUUAAGAUACAAUUAUAUUACUACUUUAUUAAUAUUUAUAUUUAUGUUGUACUUCAAUGAACAA